GCUCUCUGAUGGUUGCUUAGCAACGACAGAGUCAUAGAACGCGUUCUAUAUUAGUGUUCUAUGUCAGAACAGCGCGUCUCAGUUUGCCAGCAUCCAUGACAGUGACUCGGUGGAUCACACAGCUACUGUACGAAUAGACAAAUCUGUGAUUGUGAAUAUCUGUGAAGCUAUGGAUAGACACCAUAAUCAGUCUUCAGACAACCUGGGUCGCGAGUGGUCAUUGGUUGUUCUGAAUUUGGACCCAAAUGUGAACGAACAAGAACUGUUUGAGUCAAUGACCCAGUUCAGCCAAAUCCACUCUAUGGAGCUGUCCAGCAAUUUAGUCAAUAAUCGCAGAUACGCUUAUGUGACUUUUGAGCAUUCAGGACGAGCCCAUCAGCCUCAUCCUGUGCUCCCCACGAGCCGCUAUAUUGAGCGGAAGACACUGCUCGUGAGCAAUCUGCACCCAAUGGUGACCGAACAACAGCUCAUUGAAAAGUUUGGUCCAUUGGGGUCCAUCUCGACUGUGCAAGUGUGCAGAAACAACAGCGUCGCUCCUGUGUAUGCCUUUGUGACUUUCCAUCAUCGACGUGAUGCAGCGCAAGCACAAAGAGCUCUGAACUUCACUGAUUUACUCAAUAAACCUCUGAUCAUCAUGUGGGGCUCAGACAGGACAACUGAGAUCCUCUCAGAUAACGACAGCAGCUCUCAAAGACAAACAGAGGAGAGAAAGACCAGUGGAGAAACAGAGAGAGAUACAGCUGGAGAAACCAAGAGAGAUACAGCUGGAGAAACAGAGAGAGAUACAGCUGGAGAAACUGAGAGAGAUACAGCUGGAGAAACUCAGAGAGAUACAGCUGGAGAAACCGAGAGAGAUACACCUGGAGAAACUGAGAGAGAUACAGCUGGAGAAACCGAGAGAGAUACAGCUGGAGAAACUGAGAGAGAUACAGCUGGAGAAACUGAGAGAGAUACAGCUGGAGAAACAGAGGAGAGAGAGAACAGCGAGUCUUCAUGGGGAAGAAGGCUCGCCGACAAUAUGAAAAGUGCUGUGACAGCAGCGGUGAGCAGUCCAGCAGCCUGGGUCGGAGUCGGCAUUGGUGUCUGUGCUGCUUAUGCCUACUUCAGGAGCAGGAGCUAGUGUGGACACAGUCUAAAAGACGAGAAGGCCUGCCUCAUCUCCACUCAUCAUCACCAGAGUGACCGAUCGCUGCUCCAGAAAGAAGAAGAGUGACCGGUCAUCGCUCAAGUCUGUGUAGUGUGAUCGGUCACCGCUCCAGCCUGUGUAGCGUGAUCGGUCACCGCUCCAGCCUGUGUAGCGU